GAGUCCAGUGCACAGGCGGGCUUGUGCCAGUCGGGUCGGGUCUCAUUUCACGUUAAGUGUGCGUGCGUGUGUGCGUGCGUGUGUGUGUUACGGUCACUUUAAAGAAAGCUUCGAUCCAACUUCCUCCUCGUAGCCAUAAUUUCUGCUCUGCACCGACGAACAUGAAGUCCAGAGUCUACAACAUCGCCUCGCUCCUGAGCCUUGCUUCAUUUUUACUACGCCACUGCGCUCGCGCUCAGAGUAAUGGCGAUUGCCCUGCUGAUGGACGGACUUGGGUGCCCUUUGGACAGAGCUGUUAUCAUUUUGUCCAUGGAGAGGAGGACAUUGCCAAAAGUUACACGCUGGAGAAAGCUAAAGAUAUGUGCCGAGGCUUUGCCCUUCUGACGGUGCGCAAUGCUGAAGUUAACGACUUCAUCGUUCAAUAUAACCCUAAUGUGUGGAAAGACAAUGUGAACAUCUGGCUGGGAUUAUAUUAUGACAGUGACGAUGAUCAGUUUAAAUGGAAUGAUGAGUCUGUUGUGAACUAUAAGAAUUGGGUGGAAGGUGGCUCAGCUGAUUGGGACAUACCAAAAAUGGACAAAUGUGUGGCACUACACUCCACCACUGGCAAGUGGGAGAACAUCAGCUGCUCUGAGAAAAGUGAGAACGGAGUGGUGUGUGAAGCAGCCCAGAAGGCUGUUGUAAUGGGCAAAAAGAAAGGCAGUCCACUUCUCUCAGCACUAGUCAUUCUGAGUGUGAUUGCUAUUCUGGGAGUGUCUGCAGUUGUGUGGUUUUUCCACCAACGGAACGACUCUGGCUCGACAAUACUUCCCUCUUUCGAGUACCAUCCUCCUUUUAGAGCACCCUCGGCUGAUCAGAUGUGCUUAGUGGAGGCUGAAGAGCUUGAGGAAACUUCCUAGAGCCCUGCGUCUUGGGCCAUAAUGAUGCCAUUGUGCUUUCUGUUACACCCCAUUAGAAAUAAAAUUACUCUAUGGGUGCCUAGAUUAUAUACCACAUGAUCAGUUCUCUUCAUGUAUGCCGGUUAGCUAAAGUGAAUAUGCAGUGAAUAGCUUUGGGUUCAUAUGUGCGAUCCAUUGUUUGUCUGCUGUGGUUAAUGUAUCACAGAAGGCAGAGAAGUUUUGGCUACUCAAUUUAUUUGCCUCAAAUUUGGGAAACAAGAGUGAGAUUUCCAUCCAGAUGUUGCAUAAAUAAUGACAGCACGCUCCCUAAUCUCUGUGUUAACAAAUGUUCUAACUGUCCAAUGAUUGAAAAGCUAUUUUGCUAUGGUCAGAUUUAUACUUUUUUGAUGAUUUAUAAUGUUCUUGGUGAUUGCACUUUCUCGUUGCCUUUUUUUUUCCCCACAAUAUAAUGUUUUAGACUGCUUUAUGUUAUGUUUCUUUACAAACAGAAAUCAGAUCUUUCAGAGUUGUUUUUAUUUUUUUUACGUGUUCUUGUUCUGAUCGAUUGUAUGCCUGUGUGUAAGAGAGUGGUGUAAUACUUUUGAAUUGCAUGUUUUUGUGGAUUUAAGGUCAUUUAACAUCUAAAAUUGGAGAUGUUUAAUACAAAUCAGAGUUUGACAGAAAUUUGUUUAUUAAAAGCCUGUAUUUUUGAUGUAGAACACUAAA